GGUUUCUUGCUCUCCUGCACAUUUUGACACCUCAAACACACACACACACACGGCUCCACGGUCAUGUCUCUUGGGAAAGUUGCCCGGGGUUUGGUGACACCUGUCCGGGGAGCCCUGCGGCCCUCGGCCUCGGCUUUGAACCGGAGCUACUCCGCCGUCGCCGAAGCCAGAGCGGUGCUGGAGGGUGAGCUCGACGGCAUCAGAUCGGCGGGGACGUGGAAAGCAGAGAGGAUCAUCACGUCAAAGCAGGGACCUCAAAUCAACGUGGAAGGCAGUCGCAGCAGCAUAUUGAAUUUCUGCGCCAACAACUACCUCGGACUGUCCAGUCACCCGGAGGUGGUGCAGGCAGGGAUCGAUGCUCUGAAGACGUACGGCGCUGGACUGAGCUCUGUCAGAUUCAUCUGUGGCACACAGGAUCUACACAAAAAUCUGGAGCAGAAGCUGGCAGAGUUUCAUGAGAGGGAGGACUGCAUCCUCUAUGCCAGCUGUUUUGAUGCAAACGCGGGACUGUUUGAGGUUCUUUUGGGCCCAGAUGAUGCAGUGCUGUCCGAUGAGCUAAACCACGCCUCCAUCAUCGAUGGGAUCCGACUGUGUCGAGCAAAGAGGCUGCGCUACAAACACAUGGACCUCGGAGAUCUGGAGAAACAGCUCAAAGAGUCUCAGUCAUCUCGCAUGCGCCUGGUAGUGACAGAUGGAGUCUUCUCUAUGGAUGGAGACGUGGCCCCCUUAUCAGGAAUCUGUGACCUGGCUGAACAGUACGGAGCCAUGGUGUUCAUAGACGAAUGCCACGCCACCGGAUUCCUGGGGGCCCGAGGCAGAGGAACCGACGAGCUCCUGGGAGUGAUGGACAGAGUUCACAUCGUUAACUCCACCCUUGGGAAAGCACUGGGAGGAGCCGCUGGUGGCUACACAGUCGGCCCCAAGCCCCUCAUCGACCUGCUGAGGCAGCGCGCCCGGCCGUACCUGUUCUCCAACUCCCUCCCCCCCCCUGUGGUGGGCUGUGCCACCCGGGCGGUGGAGCUGCUGCUCGCCUCCAACGAGAUUUCCCAGAGCAUGACGGCCAAAACCAUGAGGUUCAGGAACAAGAUGACGCAGGCCGGCUUCACCAUCUCCGGCUCGGCUCACCCCAUCUGCCCUGUGAUGCUGGGCGACGCUCGGCUGGCCUCCCUGAUGGCCGAUGACAUGCUGAAGCUGGGAGUUUAUGUGAUCGGAUUCUCCUUCCCCGUCGUACCAAAGGGCAAAGCCAGAAUCCGCGUUCAGAUCUCAGCCGCCCACACGGACGAAGACAUCGACCACUGUGUGGACGCUUUCAUCCAGACUGGCAGGAAGCACGGAGUCAUCCCCUGAACGGGACGGACACGCAGGAACCAAAAAGAUCCAGAAAACCAGUGUGAAUCACUGAACAGCGUCGAAGCGCUCGCUCUUUGCGGAUUGUGCUGCCUGUUUCUCAAGACCUGUGAAUGAUGUCGACGGAAAUAUUAGUUACAUUUGUAGGUCAACAGAUGUUUAUGUUAUUGUUGUGUUUGAUUGGCUGAAUAAAGCACUUUUCCUAACAUGUGAAGGUGUUUGCAUU